AUGGGCCAGCAAGCCUCUGCCCCCCAGCCAGGUACCCAGAUCCAGGUGAUUGGUGCAGGACUCUCGCGCACCGGGACCGCCUCGUUCAGUGCAGGACUGGAGAUCCUCCUUGACGGACCCAUCUAUCAUGGCGGCACCCAAACCACCAUGGGCCCACCCCUAGAGAUCAAAUCAUGGAAUCAAAUCCUCCGGACCUGGCUCACCGGCGACCGUGCUACUAUCCUCUCCCUCCUCCGUCGCCGAACCACCGGCUACGCAGCCAUCACCGAUGCGCCCGCCUCGCAAUUUGUGCCCGAGCUCCUCGCCCUCUACUCCGAUAGCAAGGUUAUUGUCACCGUCCGUGACCCGGAGGCUUGGGUCAAGAGCAUGCAGCAAAUCAGCUCUCUGGCUAAACUGUGGUUUCUAGGCGCGGUGCUACUCCCACUACCAGGGAUGCGACAUUUCGUGACCUAUAUCUCCCUCUUAGAUAACGCCUACAUCUACCAGCGCCAUAUCGAGUGGUUGAAAGAGGUCGUCCCCGCAGAUCGGCUGGUUUUCUUCAGAGUGAAGGAUGGCUGGGGCCCAUUGUGUCAGGCAUUGGGAAAAGAGGUCCCGAAGAAUAUCCCUUUCCCUCGUAUCAAUGAUUCUAAGGCGAUUGAUCGCGUGGCUGCGUAUCACAUUAAAAGAGGGCUGGCGCGCUGGGCGGUGGUCUUUACUGUGGUUGGGGCCUUGAGUGCUUGGUGGUUCAUGAGGGUUUGA